AUGCCUAUAAUCGAUAGGAAGGUCUACGAACAAACCCCCAAAGAGGUGAUCUCUUGGAAGAUUGUGGCAUAUUGCACAAUACUUUCCUUCACCGGAGCUCUCCAUGGAUUCAAUACUGCGAAUAUUUCCGGUGUGCUCGCCAUGAAGCCGUUCAAAUCACACUUCGACUUCCAAGAUAUGAACAACGCCGAUCUCGCCAACUGGAAUGGAUGGAUAACCUUUGUGCUAAUUCUCGGAUCGUGUCUCGGGUCGUUGACUUGCGCCCCAUUCAUCGAGAGACUCGGACGUCGAUUCUCCCUGGUUAUCUUUACAAUCCUGUUCGUGGCCUCAGCAGUUCUCAUGACUGCGAAUCCUGGUGGAUCCGGCGGACGGAUUGAAUUCAUUGUCGGGAGGGCUCUGUCAGGCUAUGGGUCCGGCGCUGCCAGUGUCGUCGGCCCUGGGUACAUUGCAGAGAUCGCUCCUCAGAGCAUUCGUGGUGGCUUGACUGCAUUAUACAACGACAACACCAUGCUGUCAGUUGGUCUUGCAUACUGGAUCAACUUUGGCUCCUUGCAACACAUCAGCAGUACGCAAAAUGCUCAGUGGCAGAUGCCUAUGGCUGUUCAAGCCCUUCCCGGAGUCAUCCUUCUGAUUGGCCUCCUUUUCAUGCAUGAGUCUCCAAGGUGGCUCCUGAAUCGUGGAAAGGUCGAAAAGGCGCAAAGCGUACGCGAAACUCUCAGAUCUCUUCCCCGCGACCACCCCUUUGUGCGCCAAGAAUUUGAUCAGAUCCAACGGGGACUGGAAGAUCAACCAGUUGCGCCGGGCCUCAAGGGUUUGUUCCAGGAAAUAUGA